AUGCCCGCGCCGAGCGAACUCGCCAUCGCGACCAAGGCGGUCGAGCGCCUCACCAAGGAGGAGCGCUACUACCAGUCCGAGCUGGUCAGGCAGCAGGAGCGCGUGCAGAAGCUCGAGGAGGAGAUCAAGAAGGGCGGCGCGGACCUCGACCCCAACGCCGAGUUCAUCCUGCGACAGGAGAAACAAGCAGCAGAUGAGACCGUCGCCAUCUUCACUCCGCUCAAAGAGCGCACCGAGGCGGCAGUGACCAAGCUGGAGGAGCAGUUGGCGAUGAGCGAGAGCAGCGGAUCGGCCGCCGACGAUGAGCUCACGGCCGCGAGGGAGGCCCUGAAGAAGGGACAGCAAGCGGUCCAGAAGGAUAAGGAGGAGUCAUAA